AUGGAUGAGUUCGAGAAGCUGCGUGCUGUGGUAGGUCGAUUGGAGCAAUACUCGACAUCUCGAUAUCAAGUCAAGUUCUAUUUGAAUGUUGCAGUGACAGCAACAUACACUCUUCCUGAAAGCUUCACACUGCCGACAAAAGACUAUAUCUAUCGGGCUUGUGAAACUCUCAUAGGGCAACAUCCAGUCCUUUCGGCCAUCCCAGCAGCUGAAGAAACCCAGCAGCCCUACUUUGUGCGACUACCCCAAAUCAACCUAGAUCAGGCUGUGUCAUUUGAACCCCGGAAAAACAUCCCCACUGAAUCUGCGGAUGGAGAACCUUCCCCUGAUCUCGAUCUCGAGGCUCUUCUCGAAGUGCAGCACAACACUCCAUUCGCCGAACUAAGUCCUAACUGGCGCUUAUGCAUUCUCACAAACCCUGUAAAUGACCGGGAGUUUACAGCUGCAUUUGUAUUCCAUCAUGCCCUCGGUGAUGGAAAUUCAGGCAAAGCCUUUCACCGAACUUUCUUACAAGCACUGCACUCAGCACCAACUGCAGUUGAAACAAAGUCGCAGAUACAGUCACCACAGGAACCUUUGCUCCCUAACAUUGAAGCUCUUCACCCCAUGCCUCUUUCUAUUUUCUAUUUGGCAAAACAGCUCUUCAAGGCGAAGAUCUGGUCGCCCAGUGAAACCGGACUGUGGGCUGGGUCUGAAGUUCAGACACCAGUAACGACACGACUUCGACUGCUUCCAUUCUCCAAGGACGUUGUUGCUUCGCUGAGGGGGCAAUGCCGUAAAGAAGGCACCACUAUUACUGCCUUCCUGCAGACUAUGAUUGCUAGAUCCUUGUUUGCCCAUUUGCCGGAUGUUUACUCUCUACUGAUCUGUUCCGGCGCUCUUUCGUGUCGCAGGUGGUUGCCGGAUAUUAUUACAGACGACUCAAUAGGUGUCUAUGUCUCGGACUUCGAGGAGAAGUACCGCCGUACCAGCGUCAUGUCUUCCAAUGGUUUAUUCCCAUGGGAUGAAACCAGACGAUCCCGUCAAACAAUCGAGGCUGUACUCGAAUUGAAAGGACGUGACGCGAAACCCAACCUUCUAAAGUUUGUCGACAAUUAUCAGCAAGAGCUCUGCAUGUCAAAACUUGGACAGAAGCGCGAUAAGACUUUCGAGGUGUCUAACAUUGGGGCUUUUCAGGCUGAAUCUGAUCCUGGGAGACCUUCUAUUGGAGGUAUGGUCUUUUCGCAGUGUGCUAGUGUGAUUGGUAACGCUAUUGAAAUUUCCACAAUUUCUGGCCCAGAUGGGUGUCUUGUACUUGGUAUCUCAUGGCAGGAUAGCGUGGUGGAAGAGAGUCUCAUGGAGGUAUUUAUCAAGUCUACUAAGGAUGAGAUGCGUCGCUUGGCUGGAUGUAGUUGA